AUGGCUGAAAUGGAAGAUGCUCUGAGAUCCUGCAUGGAGCAGCUGCUCGUCGCCAGAGAAGAGCGGGAUCAAAUCAUCGUGGAAGCAGCGAGCGAGAUAUCCUCCCAGCAAAAGAAGCUGCGUGAUCUGCAGCACAGCCUCGAAGCCGCGAACAAGAAGGCCGCGAAGCUGGCUGCCGAGAACAACAGCCUCUGCAAGGCCAUGGACGCCAAGGACAAGCUUGUCAGGGAGCUCAGGGAGUCCAAGGCGGCCUCCGACCAGGAGCUCUCCGGCGCGGCGGCGAAGCUGGACGCGGCGCAGAAGCAGAGCGCGUCGCUGCAGUACGAGGCGCGCAUGCUCCAGAAGGAGCUGGAGGUGAGGAGCCAGGAGCGGGAGUACGACCUCAGGUCCGUGGACGCCGCCCGCGCGCAGCAGGCGGAGAGCCUCAAGAAGAUCGCGCAGCUGGAGGGCGAGUGCCAGCGGCUGCGCGCCAUGGUCCGGAAGCGCCUCCCCGGGCCGGCGGCGUUGGCCAAGAUGAGAGACGAGGUCGAGCCGCAGCAGCAGACGCCGCCGUCCAGGGCCGGGGCCAGCCCGAGAAGGCCGCGUUCCGUGACGCCGACGGCGUCGCCGCGCUCAGUGACGCCGAUGUCUCCGCGGUCCGGGACGCCGCGGCGCGCUCCGGAGCCUGAUCAGAGCUACGCCGUCAGGCUGCGCGCGAUCGAGGACGAGAACAACGUUCUGAAGCGGAUGCUGGCGGCCAGGGACACCGAGCUGCAGUUCACGCAGACCAAGUACGCGGAGGAGGCCAGUAAGCUCUCGGCGGUGCAGGGGCAGCUCAAGGAGCUGACGGAGGAGAGCAGACGGCUAAGCGAUGCACACGCCAAGUCCGAGACGUGGGCCUCUGCUCUGGUGUCUGAACUGGACCAGCUCAGGGCUGGGAAGCAGGGACAUGGAGCAUCGUCCGUCAUGGUCUCCGACAUGAGCUUGCUCGAUGACUUCGCCGAGAUGGAGAGGUUGGAGAUGGCAUCAUCAGCGGAUCAUCAGACAUCAGGACAUUCGGGACCCGUCGUGCCCGACAAGAACGGCGAGAGUCUGGACCUAGAGCAUGGUCAUCCUGAAUGGCUGCAGGAUGUCUGGAAACUGGUGACAAGUAACCAUGAAGCAACUGGAGAAAGCAUCGACGCCAUUGUUGAUGGAAUAAGGCGUGCAUUGGACGAGGGUCCAGUUCAUGGGAAUGGAGAUGCUUCUGAUCUGCCGUAUGAUAGGACCAAAGUGGAGGAACUGAUCGGCAAUCUGAUUGACAAAAUCACGUCCACGAUUCGGGUUUCGGCAGAAGACCAUGCUGCGAGAUCUGAAUCUUUGUUGCAGGCCAAGCCUGAAUUUUGUGCUCGCCUCGAGUACCUGGUUCAUGUCUGCCAUGAUGUACUACAGAUGAAAGCCAAGCUUGAAGAUUUUAUCGACGAGAUUUGCCUGGUAUUGGAGUAUAUAAUGAGCAUAUACUUCUCGAACCAAGUUCGAUCGGACACCGUGGACGGUAACGAAAAUGACUUUGAUGCACAUGGUGAACCUGACAUGCAGAGUGCAACAUCAGCAGCAGCUGUAGAUAUCCAAACAGAAGCACAAAAGGAACAGAUUCAGUCACCGGAAGGUGAACACCCUGAAAAAAUUCAAGAGAGACAGAUUAUUGAAGAACUUGCAAUGGCCAUGCUAGAUCAGAAUGGUGAUAUCCAACUGGGAAGGAAGUCGUCAUACUAUGAGAUAGAAAGCGUCACUGCUGAUGGAAUGGGGGAGGACUUGGCACAAAAGGAGGCAAAACAACUGGCAACGGACUCAGAGAUAUCUGCAGCAGCUGACAAGCUUGCGGAGUGCCAGGAGACCAUCACGACUCUAAGCAAACAAUUGCAGGCUCUCCAGACUCAGCCGAAUUCAGGCAUUCCAGAUGCCUCAACGCACAGCCCACGGCCGAGCUCCGCCGACUACAAGCCCCAGUCACUUGGAAGCAUCCUUGCCGACGAGGGCGCCGGCACAACCGAGGGUCACAUCUCUCCCGAGAAAGAACAUGGCGAGCCUGACGCUGCAGCACGGAAGAGCACGGCACAGGAGCAGAAUCCUGACGCCGACCGGAAGGCGUCGGCGGCGCAAACUGUCGUUCAGCCAUUGGUCCCGGAGCGUGAGACUGCUGCUGAUCCUCGGAAGAAGAAGCGGGGUCCGGGCUUGCUGGGCAGGAUGAUCUUCAGGAAAAGAGUGGAGGGCAACUCCUCCUAG